AUGUCGGGCGCGGACAUCUUCGACGUCACCUCGAAGGAGCUGUUCAACCGCGAGCACCACCACGUGCGCAUCCGCCUGCACCAGGCCGUCUUUGACAAGGUCCUGAAGGACGGCGCGGAGGACGUCGACUCGGGCUACGGCCUGGUCGACGAGUUCCUGCUGGACGACUAUGCUAUAUCCAACGUCGGCAUCAAGGUCCGCGGCAACACCUCCGCCGCCAACGUCAAGCGCCAGUUCAAGUUCAAGUUCGACGCCACAAAAGUCUUCAAGUGGCAGGACGGCGCCAUCGCAGACGUCGAACUCGACCCCGACAACGACGACAGACGCUUCCUCGGCGAGCAAGGCUUCUCCGUCAGGGCCAGCCAGAACGACCCCGCACGCAUCCGCGAGAUGCUCUCCGGCAAGGUCUUCCGCGAGGCCUUCACGGGCGACGAAGACCCGCAGCGCCCGUGGCGCACCCGCGGCGGACUCGUCUAUCGCGCCGCCUUUGGUACCCUCUACGUUACUAACGGCCGCAGGGUCGAGGAAGGGUACGACCCCAACAACCCUGGCUAUCGCGUCAAGUACGGCGACUACCUGUACGAUCCCAAGGGACUCUAUGUCAUCACGGAGAACAUCGACAAGACCUUUUUGAAGACCCGCUUUGAGCGCUUCCCAAACGAGAAAAUCAAGUGCUACCUCUUCCAGGCCGACAAGGGCCGCGCUCAUUUCACCAAGGAAGAGUACACGCGCGUGGGCUGGAAGCUCGAGCUGGCCAAGGGGAAGAAUGCCAAGGACGAAGACGAUUUCGCCAAGGGCGACGAGAAGAUGGGACAUCUCAUCGACCUGCUCGCCUCGAACCCUUCCGAGGACCAGAUCCGCGAGACCUUGGACAUGGACAGCGUCAACGGCUACCUCGCCGCGGCCCUGCUGUGCACGCACUGGGACAGCCUGGCCGCCAACCGCAACAACGACUUCAUGAUGUACUGGAAGCGCGACGUCCUGGACGACCAGAUGCAGCCCGUCCCGGACACCACGCCCGGGCGCGAAGGGGAGGACAAGAAGGAGGCCAAAUGGUACAUGAUCACGUGGGACUUGGACAACACUCUGUGGGACAAGUAUGGCGAGUCGAGCGACGUGCGCAACCCGUACAAGAACUGGUUCUCCAACUACAUCUACCAGCCGGCCAAGAAGGACCAGUGCAAGGCCAAGCUGUUUGACGUCGUGUACGGAGAGAAUAACAAGAAAGUCAGGGCCGUGUACGACCAGGUUCUAAGGGACAUGCUCGCCGGGUACUACAGCAAGAAGGAGUACGAUGAGACGGUUGAAGAGCUGAAGGAGCGCGUUUCAAAGGCGAUCGAGGAUACCAAAAAGGCGGUUGCUAGUGCAGGAUGGCAGCAAAACUGGGGGGAGACGUGCAAUCAUCGGGACUUUGAGGACAUCAAGGACCACGCCGAUGACCGCAGGCAUCCCAUCGGGUCGCAGCUGGAUUAGAGGGAGAUGUAGAACCAGUGGUGCAUUUGAUGCAUGGCGAGAAGCGACGAAAAACAAGCCGUACUAACGGUGUACGUUUGAGGUGGAGCUUCUGCGCGACGGUGAGAAUAGGAAUAGAGAUGCAGUACCCUUGGUAGUGGACUCUGGAAGCAGAUAAACGAAUUGCACGAAUUGGAAUGUAGUGUCAGCACGGUUGGACGCAAAA